AUGGCGCCCAUCCUCACGCUCUCCAACGAGCUGCUGCUCGACAUCCUCGACCAGCUCGCGCCCGCCGCCGCCGCUGCCGCUGCCUGCCCCAGCAUCGCCGCCCGCGCUGCGUUGUCGCUCGAGAGCAUGCGCCCGCCAUCACCGUCGCUGUCGUCCUCGCCCGACGACCCACGCCGUGCCGUGGCCCGCUUCCGUCUGGUGUGCCGCCGCUUCGCCGCCGUGGCCGCUGCUGCGCAGUUCCGCCGCGUGGUCGUGCGCUUUGACGCCGCCGCCCUGCGCCGUCUCGACCAGCUGGCGCGCCGCCCGCACCUCGCGCGCCACGCCACCGCCCUGACCUAUCUGACCCGCGCGUUCUACGUCGAUGGUGACCGCGACGACCUCGUGCGCCUGCUGUCCGCCGCCCGCGCAUCCCCGGCCGUGUGCGCCGAGCACCACCGCCGCCGCGACGAGCAGCGCCGCCUGCUGGCUUCCGGCGACGACCUGGAUGGGCUGCGCCGCGCCGUCGCCGCCUUCCCCGCGCUGCAGCACGUCAAGAUCCUGCGCGUGCAGGACGAGCUCGAGCGCGAGCUGCUGCUGGCCGCCGCGCGCCAUGACGGCCGUCCACUCGACGGCCCGCCGCUGCGCGUGCUGGACUGGACGCCCGCGUGCCGCCGCGCCAUGCACGCCGUUGGUGCCGCGCUGCUGGCCACCGGCGCGCCGCGCGUCGCGCGCUUCUCGGGCCCGCAGCUCAGCGCGCCGGCCGCCGUGGCGCUCACGCGCGUGCCGCUAGCGCCGCUGGCCGUGCUAGCCGCGCGGCUAACGUGCCUGGAGCUGCACUUCGACGCGGCGCGCUGUGUCGACGGCGAGCUGCGGGCGCUGACGCGCGUGUUCGGUACGCUGUUCCGCGCCGCCGCGCGGCUCGAGGCGCUGCACCUGGGGUUCCCGUCGCGGCUGCCGGUGGCGCUGGCGCUGGACGAGGUGUUCGACGGCGUGUGCUGGGCGCGGCUGCGCGCGUGGGGCAUCCAGGCGUGGCGGCUGCACGCGCACGAGAUCAUCGCCUUCGCGCGCCGCCACCGCCGCACGCUGCGCGGCCUGCGCCUGCGCGACGUGCUGCUCAAGGACGGCAGCCGCUGGCGCGACGUGCUGGCCGUGCUGCGCGCCGACCUGCCGCAUCUCGAGUGGCUCAGCCUGCGCCGCAUCGACUACGCCGCCGCCUUCGACGAGAAAUGGGCCCACAGCGCCGACGUCUCCGACGCCCAGUCGUUCCCCGACAAUUCCGACAGCGACGAUGACGAUGACGACGUCGACAACGGCUCCUUCUUCGACGGCCCCCACGAUGCCGCCCACGACGACGAUGAUGACUCUGCCAGCAUCGGCGACGAGUCCGACGGCCUCAGCGACCACGACGCCGACGACGGCCCGCGCGCCCACCAGCUGGAGCUGCGGCCCGACACCGCCCCCAGCGCCCCCGUGCUGCACCACCACCAGCUGCCGCCGUUCACGAACCAGUGGGAGCUGCUGGCGUCUGUGUCGCCCGACGACCUGGACGACAACGGCGUCAGCGUCGAGUACCGCCAGCGCAAGAUCUGGGAGGCCUGGGUCGUGUCAAAGGCAAACCUGCCGUAG